AUACCUAAUAUGACAUCCCCAGGUGCCUUUGGAGUUGAACCAGACCGCGAGAUAUUUAAAUGUGAAGACCUGAGCAAUUGUUUCACCCCUCAAUUGAUGUUGUAAUUAUGCUGGUUCUCGCUUCCUCGAAAAUGAGGGGUUUAUCAAUUGAGGGGGAAAGGACUCCACCCUAGCUCAUAAUAAGGUGAAGGAGACGCUUUCCAAAUAUACACUAGCGAGAAGGAUAGAGAGAACAAAUACUACAAUAAUACUUAGCUUGGUAUAACACUGGUUCACUUCAAGGUCAGCAAAAUGAUCGUCUCUGCUGCUGGUGUGCAGAAAGCUUCUCAAGGAUGACUACAUAUUGAUUGUACACGUUUAGGUCUUUCGUUGACUUUUGUGUAAUAAGCUUGAUAUUAUAAAGGAAAGAUAAAGAACAUACGACUGAAAAGUCAUGAUUUUGCUGAAUGCUUACGAAUCGGCCUUAGAUAUCGUGCUUUGAUUGAUAGGGGAAAUUGAAUUAGAUAGAGCAUUACAAGAGAUAUCUGCAUAUGUUGCAGACAGGAAGCAAUCUAAAUGAAAAUGACUGAUUUUGAACGAAUACGACUGGUCAUCCUUGGUGGAGCCGGUGUUGGAAAAAGUUGUAUCAUCAAACGUUUUCUCUUCAAAACUUACUCAGAUAAGUACAGACCAACAGUGGAGGAUCUUUACAAUCGUGAAUACGACCUGGGCCCUGUGACACUUAAGGUUGACAUACUCGACACAUCUGGGGAGAUGCAAUUUCCGGCAAUGAGAAGACUCUCAAUUGCUACCGCCCACGCCUUUCUAUUAGUGUUUGCAACCACGUCGGAGCUAAGUCUAGGGUGUGUGAAGCAAUGCUUUGAGGAAAUUCGAGAGCAACGAGCUGAUUUUCAGGAUAUCCCCAUGGUGAUUGUAGGAAAUAAAACUGACCUCAGCAACACGCAUCGGGAAGUCCGCAUUGAGGAUGUUUCGGAGUGGGUGUUCUGUGAGCUCCCCAAACUUAAAGUGAAAGUUAUGGAAUGCUCCGCCAAAGAUGAUGUGAACAUUACCGAUAUAUUCAAAACAUUUGUCUCACUAUCUCGUAUAAUACCAGCCAACGGAAAUAACGACUCAUCUUCAGGUCUGAAAAGGAGAUCAUCUGCUUAUGUCAGUGCUAGUAGUAAAGCAAAAUCUAGAAUCGGUAGUCCGUCCAUUGGUUGUGAAAAAAUGAAGGAAACAUCUUAUCUAGCCGCUGGUUGUAGCGAAGCUUCAACUAGCGACUCAAAGUCUAAGCCCCGAUCCAGAUCACUAAUCCGGAGAUCAUCUAGAAAAACCAAACAGCAAAUUCAAAAUGCGUCCGGUGCAGAAGACUGUAACGUACAGUAAACACAUUAUCUGAGGUCAACGCAAUAAACAUUAAUCCCAUUUUCCGUACAUGACGAAUUACGUAGUUGAAUAGUAGCAUUAACGUGAGCUGAGUGUCUCAUUUAUAAUAAAUUUUGUUUUUUCGACCGAGGGAAGUACUUUACGAAGAUUAUUGUGAAUGAUUCAAUAAUCGGUGUGAAAGAAUUGUGAUCCAUAAAAAAUUAUAUUAAUUAGAAGUGAAGUAUUAAAAAUCCUACGAAGGAUUUACCAACCAAUUAGCAUACGCAACCAAAAAGAGAAUAAACAAGCAACAUGAUGAGUUGUACAUACUAAA